GGCCGCGCGGGCAGGCGGCGGCGGCGGCGGAGGAGGCGGAGGACGAGGAGGAGGAGGAGGAGGAGGGGAAGGCGUCCCGGAGGCGCGCCUGCGGCGGGAGGAGGCCAUGAACGGCGAUCGCACCGAGAGCGACUGGCAGGGGCUGGUGAGCGAGUACCUGGUGUGCAAGAGGAAGCUGGAGAGUAAGAAGGAGGCGCUGCUCAUCCUGUCCAAGGAGCUGGACACCUGCCAGCAGGAGCGGGACCAGUUCAAGCUCAUGGCCAAUCAGCUGCGCGAACGCCACCAGUCCCUGAAGAAAAAGUACCGCGAGCUGAUCGAUGGAGAUCCAUUGCUUCCCCCUGAAAAGAGGAAGCAGGCUAAUCUUUCACAGCUAUUGAGAGAUUCUCAGGACCGAAAUAAACAUCUGGGAGAAGAAAUUAAAGAACUUCAGCAAAGGCUCGCAGAAGUCCAGGGUGACAAUAAGCUCUUAAGGAUGACAAUUGCCAAGCAGAGACUGGGAGAUGAAGAAAUCGGGGUGCGGCAUUUUGCAGCCCACGAGAGAGAAGACUUGGUGCAGCAGCUGGAGCGAGCAAAGGAGCAGAUCGAGUCUUUGGAGCACGAUCUGCAGGCCUCUGUGGAUGAGCUUCAGGAUGUCAAGGAAGAGCGGGCCUCCUACCAGGACAAAGUGGACCGGCUGAACCAGGAGCUCAACCACAUCCUGGGUGGCCAUGAGAACCGCAUCAUCGACGUGGAUGCCCUGUGUAUGGAAAACAGGUACCUUCAAGAGAGAUUAAAACAUCUCCAUGAAGAGGUCAAUCUCUUGAAAUCAAACAUCGCCAAAUACAAGAACGCUCUUGAAAGACGGAAAAACUCGAAGGGCCAGGGCAAAUCCAGCAGCAGUGCUCUGACUGGAGUCCUGUCUGCAAAGCAAGUUCAGGAUCUGCUCUCUGAGGAUCAUGGGUGCAGUCUCCCCGCUACGCCGCAGUCCAUUUCAGACCUGAAAUCUCUGGCAACUGCCCUGUUGGAGACGAUCCAUGAGAAAAACAUGGUCAUUCAGCACCAGAGGCAAACCAACAAAAUCCUAGGGAAUCGAGUAGCAGAGUUGGAGAAAAAGUUACGAACUCUGGAGGUUUCUGGUUUGUGGAGUCUUCCAGGCCUGAGCUACAAUGUUUCCGUAGGAUUCGGCAGGGGCAAGGACACCAUACUGUUCAGCGACCCUGCUCUUUCUACCGUACAAAGGUCAAGGUCCCCACUGCUGAAGUUUGUUGAGCAGCCCACGGAGAACCAACCAGAUCCCAAGGGUGGGGAGGCUCAGCAGCAGGAAGGAGAUGAAAGUUGUGUUGCCGCCGAGGCGUUGACAGCGCCCGAGGAUGGUGGGAGGCCCGCUGUCAGCUCCCCAGCAAACCCGAGUCAUGGGAGCCAACGCAAGCACUUUCAUCCUUCAUUACCCCGGCUACCUUCUGAGGAGGAAGCAGUAAACAGGCUUGGAAGGGAAAUAAUUAAACUGACAAAGGAGCAGGCGGCUGCAGAACUGGAAGGGGUCAGGAGAGAGAGUCCCCUGGAGGGAUCAAAGAGCUCAUCCGUGGGCCUGGGCCUGGCCUCCAACGAGGAGCUCCCCAAAUCCCUCCUGGACAGCUUGGACCCCACCCAGCCGGCGGCUGAAGCUGCUGCCCUGGAAGACAGUAAAGGAAUCUCAGGGGAUGAGGACACAGGCAGUGUCCUGCAAACAUGAAGGGGAACAGAGUCCAGCACGGUGACACUUUGCAGGCACCAGGGAUGGCGAGAAAAGAAUGAAGCGUCACAACACAUGCACAGGUCGCUUUCCCCUAAAACACCUCAGCCUCUGCAAAUGAGGAAUGGCUCAGAUCCUGUCGCAAACUGUGAACGUCCCGACGAUGCCUGCGGGGUGUGAUUUAUUAAACACAGGUCCUCAAGCUUCUCGAGUGUCAUCUCUUUCUGCCAAGGAUGUGCGGCUGUGAACAGGGCCAGGCUGCCAUAUGGCUGGUCUUCGGCCUCUGUCUUUCUGUCAGCAUUUGUUUUAUUAGAGAUAAGAUGUUUUUCUAUUAGCAUUUGAUGUUGUGGAUCAAAAUUAUGGAAAGAGCUGGAAUUGGAGGGGAUUUUGAGUCAGGGCUGGUGAUGGACAGGCAGCUGGAAAGAAAGAAGUAAUGGAGCAUCCUGUGUCUUCGGGGCCCAGUAGACCUCCCUGCAUGGGCUUUCUUGGCAUCCUGUCAUUGGCCCUGUGCGUCAAGGUGCCCGCUGGUGGGUGGAAAGGGACUGAAGUGGCUGAGAAGGUUGGCCUUCUGGAAGGAAAUCCCUAGUCCCCAUAGAGGCCUGUUUGCAUACUACUAGAGCUGAGUUUUCUAGCCUGUAAAUCUGGGGGAUUAAUUGAUUGGAAGUGGUGGAGGAGGAGGAGGGCCUGAGACUCCCAGAGAUGAUGUGAUUCUUUGCUUCUGAAAAGAGAUGAGAGCUAGAAGUAGAAAUGUUUGUUUGCUUUCUUCAGCCUGUGCUAUCUGUAGGAUUUGGAGGCCAUUCUGGGUUUGGGAAAGAGCAGGCAGUAUGGUGUCAGUCUACUGUCCUGCACCACCUGAACCUAGAACCCUUUAGUGCUUCAACAGAAUGUCUCUUUGGGGCCUCAGGUAUGGGGUUUUAAAAGACAAGACACAGAGCUCGUGGUCCUGGUGGGGAAAGAGAGCAAACAAAGUGACCUCAUCCAGUGUGGUGCGAGGAGGAGCCUGGGGGACUCCGGGCAAGGUCCAAGGGUAAGAAAGGAGGGUAUGGCCAGUGCUGGUUCUUCUAGGGAUGAGACUCAUCAGUUCCACCUAGCAUUUGGGGCUGCAGGAAACUGCAGGGUCUCUGAGCUGCGGACUUUCUACAAGCUGGACUCAGUUCAUUUCUCCCAAGAGCCCCAUACCAGAUCCCACCACACAAAACACCUUGGAGAAGCAGCAUUGCACUGCAGACACCUGCCUGCAGGACAAAGAAAUUCACCCCAAAACCUGACGUACACACAGGUUCAUCUAGGUGUGACGCCUGCUCAUGGGAGGCUGGCCCCCACCGACACCUUCCUGCCAGGUUGCAUCUCCUGGUGACGCUGCUGGCAGACAUCACAGUCCUCACUCUGGUGGGGGGAGAGGGAGCGUGCAGAGCAAGGACCUGGGCUGGGUCAAGUGCACACCUUGGGGCCUCCGACUGCUUUUUCCCAGCUCCCCUGAGGCUACCCGCCUGCAGAACUGAAGCAUGCUGGAACCGGUGCCCUGUCACUUGGGGGUACAAGGACACUUAGCUGCUCCUAAUGCUGCUUCAGCCUUCCCCGUUCCACAGGGUCCUUCUGCUCCCUGGGGAACUCCAUAACAUCCUUUCCUGGCAGGUCACUUCUGCAGCUGAGGUGCUCACCCGAGCUCUGGUUUGCCACAUGGUCAACCGCAGUUAUCUCUGCAGGGCUUUCUGGAUAGUAGGGCUUGUAAUAAAACCCAACACAUUCCACCAGGGCCAGGGAAACUGAGUCCCAGAGAGGCUGGGUUUGGGAAGCUGAGAUCAGAGGAGCUGCGGCUUUAACAAUGUGCCCGCCGUCGGUCUGGUAGUCUCUUGUGUUCUUAGGUGGAAUGGGAGACAGGUUUGAUCCUGGCACAUAGGUAACCAUGGCAACUCUCCAUUCCCUUGUGUGACACUGUCAUAUCUCUGCUGUCCCCACCCGCGUGGUACCACAGACAUUAAAGGGAGAUUGGGCAACUACUCAUGGUUGUCUUUUAGCCUUUGUGAAAGUGUGUGGCAUUCUUCCCUCAUGCCACCACACAGCCCUGCACGGACGUGGAACUUUCAGUAACAAUUCACACCUGUGACACUUAAUAAUAGUGAUGCAAACUCUACGGCAUCACAAGAGCUUCAGACGUAGGAGGUCCCAAGGCUGCUUCCUUCAAGAAAGUCACCGAUGGUCUGAGUUUCCACCUUCCAUCUCCAUUUGCCUCCAUGUCUGCUACUUCCUCAUGAUAACAAGACGGUUGCAAUAGCUCCAGGCAUCACUCAUUCUCACGUAUGUCCAAAGGCAGAAGGAAGUUUCUCCCAACAAUCUAUGUGUGUGUUUCAAUAGCAAGAGGCCCAGCUUCUGCCAUAUUUCAUUACUCAGAAUCUUCAUAUGCCUGUGAGUCAAUCCCCCGCAAGAAGAUGGUACAAUGAUAGGUUUAGGUGUAUGAGGUUUACCCUCAGAAUUGAGGAGGGGCCCUGUCCUGGAUCUGUAGGCAUGAGAGGGGUGACUGUCAUAUCAAAAUCGUAAGUUAGAGGCGCAGACUUAAGGAGAUUUGAGUGGGCGCUGUAGCAUCUCCUCUGAGCCCCGCGGUUUCUCCUUUAUCCCGGCUUUGAAAGCCGGAACGUUAGGGUCGGUGAGAAGAAGACUGCACCCCCGCUUCACCCGCUUCUCUGUGGUCCCCUGCAUUGGAGAGGGUUUGUCCCUCCGCUGCAGGCCCGCCUGUCCUGAGGCUCCCGCAGACUUCUGAGCUGGGGUAAGGGACACAGGGCUGGCAGGCCUCCUGAUGAAAACGGGGUACACGUGCUGCACCCCUGUACAGCUCUGUUCCUGCAGCUGCUUGGCGUGCAGUUUUACAUACAGGUGUUUGUCUUUAAUUAAGGCCUGCAGAAAGGAUUGGUGUUCAUAAGGCAGGCGGCCCUGGCUCCUUCCCUCCAUGCCGCUCCUGCCCCCUCCUCCCCCUGCUGCACCCCCACUACCACCCAGCUUCACUGCUAGGAGGCCCCGACCCCGCAGCCUCCUGUCUGAUGGCAACCUUAAGGAACUUGGUUAGAUUUCCCUUGUUGCUUUGCUCUUCCCAAACGCAUGUGUCUGCCAGCCAACUGGGGCGCGAGAAGUUCAGUCUCUAGGGAAUUCUGAAGACUAGCUCUCUGAGGUUUUCUUCUCUGUCUCUCUCCAGUGGCCGCGUGGCUUUGCCCUCUGGGUUUUCCAAGCCUCUACCAAGAGGGUGCCCUCUGGCUUCACUGCCUUCCCACUGCCCUGUGGCUGGCUGCCUGGCGCUCACUUCUCUUUGCAAAAGGUCCCGAUUAGAUGGCUUUUUCCCUCUACUUUCAUUCCAGAAGGCUCCAUUUGAGACAAUCCUUCUCAAUAAAAACCAAGGUACCAUCAGAGGUUUCCAGUUAGAGUGUCAAAAACCCAAAGCACUGUCCCAGGCUCAUGGCUUUACCACAUUCCUUUCCCCCAGAUGGCUUUCAGGAUGGAGAAAAGUGCAGACAGAGCUGCAACUAGGAACUCGGGAAUCUAAUUAGAAAGAAAAGCAGAAAUAAACAAGGACUGGUCUCUCCAUGUGACGGUUGUGCACAAAAGCAAAGCCAAACGAGUCGAUCCAGCAUGAGGGCAAUUUGACAUGAUAGCUGUGGAUGUGCUGCCUUCUCUUUCUUAUCAGGUCUUUGCUAAACAAGACUGUUUCUUCUGGAUGCACGAGAGAGUCUGCAUAGCGCUGGGAAGUUUGACUUCGGAGAAUUUGUGAGAGCUCAGGAACACAUUUUGGGAUUUUAGCCAAGGCCCUGAGGGCCUGUUAAAUGUAAAACAAUUGACUUUUUCUUAAAACCAGCUGCUCUUUGUAGUUUUAUGUAAAGAAAGAUGUAGCUUCUCUUCCUUUGCAGGCCUGACCAUAUUAGAGUCUAUGAUCACUGUGUAUCAUAACUAUAUCUUGUUUUUACUUGAAAUAAAAAUGUGAUGAUUUUCUUGA